ACCUUAUAGUUUUUUGGCAAGAGAAAAACCCUCUCACAGUCUCACCAGUCCACUAAACUUCUCUUUUCUCCUUUCAUGGACUCAUCACCCUUCUCGCAAAAACGCCACAUAGACACAACAACCACACUUGACAGUCCCACCACAGCCUCCACUCCCACCAAGCGACGCCACCAAUUACUGUCCCCGUCCAAUUCAUUCCGCACGCCACAACCACCGCAACCGCCUUUCCUAAAACUCUCUCCUAACGAAGCAUGUUUCCGAAUUCUCUGUCCGGCAGACAAGACUGGCGGUUUAAUCGGAAAAGGUGGGGCCAUUAUCCGCCAGGUCAGAGAGGAAACCGGUGCGAAGAUUCGUAUUGAUGAUUCACUGUCCGGUUGCGAUGAGCGUGUAAUUGUUGUUAUAGCCAAUGGUAAUUCGAGCUCGGAUACUGCUAAUUUGAAUGGGGAUGAAUUACCUAAUUCGGCUGUCAAUGAUGAGUCAUCAUCACAGGCUCAGCGAGCGUUGAUUAGAGUUUUUGAGAGGAUUUUGAAGGUGGAUGAGGAGCGUAAUGCGGUUCAAUUUGAAGGCGAGGGUAAGAAGGAUGAAUGUAGCGUGGUUUGUAGGUUGUUAGCACCGAGUAAUCAGGUUGGUUGCGUGCUGGGAAGAGGAGGGAAGAUAAUUGAGAAGAUAAGACUUGAGACUGGAGCUCAAGUUAGGGUUUUGCCUAAAGAUCAAAUGCCUGCUUGUGCAUCACCUGGUGACGAGUUAAUUCAGAUAACUGGAAACUAUUCAGCUGUGAGAAAAGCUCUGCUGUCUGUUUCAAGCUGCCUUCAGGAAAACUCGAGGGUAGAUUUAGUAAGUCCCUCUACCCCCAAAUUUUCAGGGAUGUCACAAAAUGGAACUGGUUAUCACAUGUCAGAGCAGUUCUUGAGGACCUCUGGUGUUGAGAGUGCUGGAAUCAACCACAGGAUGGUCUUGGAAGAAGAGGUCGUGUUUAAGGUGUUGUGUCCGGUUGACAAAGUUGGAAAUCUGAUAGGAAAAGGUGGCUCAAUUAUUAGGGUGAUGCAGACUGAAACUGGUGCAUCUAUCAAGGUUGCUGAUUCGGCAUCUGAUUUGGAUGAAAGACUUGUUGUGAUAUCUGCAAGAGAGAACCCAGAGCAAAGACAUUCCCCUGCUCAGGAAGCUCUUAUGCGUGUACAGGGCAGAAUUACUGAGAUUGGAUUUGAGCCAGGAGCUGCAGUUGUUUCAAGGCUUCUGGUACAUGCACGUCACAUGAGUUAUCUCUUUGGUAAUGGAAGUAUCCUAAUUGCCGAAUUGCGACGAGUCACUGGUGCUAGCAUACGUAUUUUUCCCAGAGAACAAUCUCCAAAAUAUGGUUCCCACACAGAAGAAGUUUUACAGGUUAUUGGGAGCAUGCAGUCUGUCCAGGAUGCUCUGUACCAAAUUAGUUGUAGGCUUCGUGAUGCAAUGUUUCCUGUGAAACCACAUGUUUCAAAUAUUGCCCCGCCGCAUUUUCCCUCCUACUCUGAAAUUCCAUCCCCAUCAUUCAGGCCAAGGCACGAUCCCGCUUCUCCUGGUUACCACUCGCCUGUUGGCUACCCUCAUGAUCGUGCUCCCCAUUUCUAUGGCUAUGAGAGGCAAGGGCAUGUCCCCUUUUUUGAUAGACCUCCUUCACCUGGAAGAUGGGGUCCUCAGGCAGUCAAUUCUAGAUAUACAGCUGGAGUGGCUGAUUGUAACAGUGCCAGUGAGACUACAGCACCUAAUUUGCCAGGCAUUGUUGUUGAAGUUGUAAUUCCUCACAUGUUGUUAAAACAUGUUUAUGGAGAGGAUUCUAGCAACCUUCGCGAUAUAUCAGGGGUAGAUUUCAGGUGCUAAAGUAGUAGUUCAUGAUCCUGUAGCCGGUUGUACAGAAGGCACUGCUGUUGUGUCAGGGACACCAGAUCAAGUGCGAGCUGCUCAGACCCUUAUUCAUGCUUUUAUCUUUGCCGGGCAGAACAUGUAGAGCUUGCUUUAUCACGAUCCUAGAGGUAGCUGAUGCGGUGGUUUGUUUUUCUCUUGCAAUUCAGUUGACAUGUAUUUGUGAUAGUAAAAUGAGUCUAAAAUAAUUGUCGGAACAUGUAAGAAAAACUUAGUGUAUGUGAGAAAUAUCAUUCGAGGGUCUAGCGGGAAAAAGUCUUAGCAAAGUGGAAAGAAAGAGAAUACAGCAGAUUUUAGGGAAGGAAAAAAGUGAGUUGUACUUGUGUUUACCAUCAUAGCUGAUGUUGGAGUAUUUUGCAGGCAAAAAUCAUGUGGUAUAUGUAAAUGUAAUUGUGACGAGAACAUGAAUUUGUCAGUUCAUUUGAUUCUUGUAGGAGCACCAUCAUGUGGGUUUGUAAGAAAUUAAAUGCAGAUGUAUCUUUCUGUUAUUAGUUUCAAAUCCUAGUAAUUUUUUA